AUGACUGUCAGGAGCCCUGCUUCGUCGAAAGUUUCGACACCUAAGCGGGUCGCUGACCAGACACACACUUUUUCUCCAUCAUCGAUAGUCCCCAGCAUCUCGCAAAUUCUGAGAGCAAAAAAUGGUGAAUCUCAACACGGUACCAUUGACAUUGCUUCAGAUUCCACUGUCCAAGAUGCAGAAUUUGCAUCUAAGAAGUGGGUCUGGGUUCCUGAUGAAACUCUCGGAUUCAUCAAAGGCUUUAUAGUCUCUGAAUCGGACAAUGGUAAUACUCUUCAUGUGCGCUGUACCGAUGAUUCUGUAAGUAUUGUAGUAAAUCUGUUCAAACCAAUGAGAAAACUAACAGAUCAAUCUAGGACCGGACUGUCAAAUACGAUGAAGUAG